UAUUUGUAUAUGCGUGAUAUAACUUAUCAUGUGACAAAGUGUUGCCGUCUGACAAUACACCGCCUGUUUCCACACCGACAUGGCGUCUAUAAUCAAAGACACGGGCGAAAUCUGGAGCAGAUUGUUCGACCAUCGUCCGUUCGUUCAAGGAGAAAUUACAUUCUUUUUGCGCGAAUUUCAGGAAAAAAGAGCUGAUAGAGAAGUGGAGCGUUUGUUUAAAAUACUAGAAUAUACAACAGAACUGAAAGAAAGCCAAUUGGAUCGUACUGAACAGCUUGGUGAUUGUCAUUUACCUAGUCUUAAAGCAAAUGUGGAUGUUGCACUGAGUAUGUGCAACCGUGUUUUACAGAGAGAAGAAAAUUUUGUUAGUGAUAACGCUUUAAGACAAAACAGAUUAAUUAGAAAAGUUGAGUGGGAGAAAUUCAUAAAUGAUAUGAGUGAUAAAUGUCAGGAAGUGGAUCAAACUUUUCAACAGAAAGAAAACGAGAUACAGGAUUUCUAUAUUGAUUUGGAAAAGAAAUUGCAUAUUACAACAUGAAAAUAAUACAAUCUCUAAUCUAUUCAUCUGUAUUAUUGUGUCUUAAUACUUCAGCAUUUAAUAAGAGAAUUUAAUUUAUGUAAUUUUUUUUUUUUUUAAGAGAAA